UUUAAAUCGUUUUUCGUUUUUAUUUAAAUCUUUUAACAUGUACAAAAACAAUAUGUGUCAAAUGGAGGACGUGAAGUUCAUCCUGAAGUUUUACCCAGAAAUCGGUGCGUGGAAUGACUAUGAAAACAUACUGCAUUUCGGAUGCGGUAAGGGGAUGUUCACCAAUUACUUCCUGCUUCGGGCGCUUCCGAAAGAAGUGAGCAAUGUGAUAGGAAUGGAUUUCAAUUCGAACGACGUGAUUUUGGCGCAACAGCGGUAUUCUCAUCCGAAAAUUACCUUCAAGACCAUUAAUAACUGCAACGAGCAGUUCACGGAGACUUUCGAUAGGAUCUUCUCAAUUUAUUACAUUGACGAUUUCCUGAGUAAGAGGAAUAUUUUCGAAAAAUUCUACAAAAACUUCCUUACUCCUACUGGAGACAUCGUGAUAUUAUUACAAACCGAUCAUUUCUUUGCGCAUGUUAUUGAGGAACUCAAAGAUCAGUCUUCCUGCAGCAAAGUCAAUUUGCGCCUUUUCAGUGACAAACAGAACUUGACAAGGUCUUUAAUCGAUAUAGGUUUUACGCAGAUCAUUUGCAAGACCUUUGAGAGGUACCAAAUUUUCCCAAACAAGAAAAUAAUGAUAGAAGAAUUGAAGAGCCUGAACUUUGAAGUAACUGAUGACUUUAUUAAUCAUUUUAUGUCGACAAGAGUCGCGAAAGAGAAGAUCAAGUAUUUCGGAAAGAGAAGCACCAUCAUUGCAGUUCCUUAUCAAAUGACCUUCGUUUACGCCAAAAAAUUGAUAAAGAAGUAAAUGCAAAUACUUUGAAUAACCAUUACGAAGAUCCAUGAUACAAUUAUACGAAAAUAUAAUAUUUGUAUCAUGUCACCAAGAUCUACGUAUUUUAUUUAAUAUGAGGUACACAUAAAAAGAAGCGAUCCUGCCAGGAUUCGAACCUGGAAUCUUCUGAUCCGUAGUCAGACGCGUUAUCCGUUGCGCCACAGGACCUUAUAACAACUACUGUAAAUAUCCAGUGAUCGACUUGAAUGCAAGAUUGUUAACUUUUAAAUAAUAAUAGUGUGUGUUGUAAAAAAUAAA